AUGCUUCUCUUGGACUCACCUCUGCGUUUUACAGCGUGGGUGGCGUUCGUUUUUGCGCCAUGUUUAGUGCUUGGCUCAAGCUUGUUUGAUCGAGCUCAACGGAGAGAUGCUUUACAAAAUUUAGUGACUUGGGAUAAGCACUCGCUUUCCGUUCGGGGCGAACGCAUCAUGAUAUUCUCAGGGGAGUUCCAUCCAUUCCGGCUACCUGUCCCUGAUCUCUGGCUGGAUGUAUUUCAGAAGAUAAAGAGCAUGGGGUUCACGGGGGUUUCCUUCUACGUGGAUUGGGGCCUUGUCGAGGGCAACCCCGGCCACGUCUCAACAGAUGGCAUAUGGAGCCUCGAAGAAUUCUUCGACGCUGCUACCGAGGCAGGCAUAUAUCUCAUCGCCCGGCCAGGACCUUACAUCAAUGCAGAAACUACAGCAGGAGGCAUUCCUGGAUGGGUGCUACGGAAGAAUGCCACCAUCCGAUCGGACGACCCAGAGUACCUCAACACAACCACCAACUACAUGACCACCAUGGGUCGGAUGAUUGAAAAGGCCCAGAUCACUAACGGGGGCCCAGUGAUCUUGGUGCAGCCUGAGAACGAGUAUUCCACUUGGCCUGGUGUGACUGAUUUCCCAAGCUCAAUGAAUCGAAGGUACAUGGACUAUGUGGAGCAGCAGCUUCUUGACGCUGGUAUCACUGUUCCGCUCAUAGUCAACGACAAUGUGGCCGAGGGAUAUUGGGCUCCUGGAUCUGGUCUUGGAGCGGUGGAUAUUUAUGGAAUUGAUUCUUACCCACUACGUUACGACUGCGCAAAUCCUAGUGUCUGGCCGACUUACAGAUUCCCAUAUGAUUGGCAGGUCGUUCACGAGCGUGAAAGUCCAGGAACUCCAUUUGCAAUUGUCGAGUUCCAGGGAGGCUCUGGGGAGGGCUGGGGAGGAGUCCUUGAAGAGAAGUGCGGGGAGCUCGUAAACGCAGAGGCAGCCAGAGUUGUCUACAAAAACAAUUAUAGCUUCGGCGUUAAGCUUUUCAACAUAUAUAUGACGUACGGUGGAACAAACUGGGGCAAUCUCGGUUACCAGGCUGGGUAUACCUCCUACGACUAUGGAGCAGCCGUCACGGAAGAACGCGGCAUUUGGCGCGAGAAAUACAGCGAACAGAAAUUGGAAGCAAACUUUUUGAAAGUCUCGCCAGCAUAUCUAACAGCGAUACCGAAGUUGGGUGUCAAUGGUUCGUAUGGAGCCCCAGAUUCAAUCGCAGUCACCCCGCUUCUCGGUAAUGGUACCUCGACAAAUUUCUAUGUCAUCAGACAUGCAGACUUCACUUCACAGGAAAAUACUCAGUAUAGCCUGACAGUGUCCACGAGCGUCGGAAAUGUCAGCAUUCCUCAGCUGGGAGGCAGCUUGACCCUCAAUGGGCGCGAUUCCAAAUUUCACGUCACAGAUUAUGAUCUCGACGGCAUCAACCUGAUUUAUUCAACCGCAGAAAUAUUCACAUGGGCAAGGGGACCCGGAUCAUCACGAGUCUUGGUUCUGUAUGGCGGCACUGGUGAAACACACGAGUUUGCAAUCUCACGCCAUCUUGGCAAUCCCGUCAUAAUCGAGGGUGACGAUGUCUCGUUCCACCAGAAAGAUUCAACAUGGGUAGUACGCUGGCAGGUUGGGCUCAGUCGCUGUGUUAUCCAAGUCUCAAAUUUGGAGAUAUACCUUGUGUGGCGUAACGAGGCGUACAACUAUUGGGCUUUGGAGCUGCCAGCGUCGCACCCGAUCGGCAAUUUUUCGUCGCCUUCCAAAGAGCUGGUUAUCGUCAAGGGUGGCUACCUUAUUCGCAGUGCCAAGUUGGUUAACAAGCAACUCUGGUUGUCGGGGGAUGUCAACGUGACAACAGAGGUUGAAGUCAUCUCUGCGCCGGUCGACCAACUGAAAGGACUCGUCUUCAAUGGACAGCAAAUGAAGACAUCACGUACCAAGACAGGCAAAUUGUCAGCUGUUAUCGAAUACCAAUCACCCACGCUAGAUCUCCCUGAUUUAACCAAUCUGCAAUGGAAAUACAUUGACUCGCUCCCGGAAAUCAAAUCAUCAUAUGAUGACUCUGCUUGGAAGUCCUGCGACGAACUCACCACCCACAAUCCUCGGGAUCUGGACACACCCACGAAUCUAUAUGCUAUGGAUUACGGGUUCCAUACUGGAUCAUUGCUUUACCGGGGUCACUUUCCCGCAAAUGGGCUUGAAUCUUACCUUUGGCUCAACAUCUCGGGAGGAACUGGAUUCGGUCAUUCGGUCUGGCUGGAUGAUACAUUCCUUGGAUCGUGGCCUGGCACAGGCGCAAACGCCACGAUCACACAGAAUCUCACAAUUCCAGCAUCCCUGUCCUCCGGGACUAAACACGUUAUCUCCAUACUAAUUGACAAUAUGGGCCAAGAUGAGGAGGCCCCAGGCACAGAUGCAAUCAAGUUCCCUCGAGGCAUCCUCGGAUACCAGCUGUCUAACCAUGAGCAGUCAGACGUAUCUUGGAAGGUGACUGGUAACCUCGGGGGUGAGCAGUAUCAAGAUCUCGCCCGUGGACCACUCAACGAAGGUGCCAUGUAUGCCGAACGACAAGGUUAUCACUACCCCAAUCCACCAAACUCCCACUGGGAAGUGUCAAAUCCAUUCAAAAACGGGUUGGCAAAGCCGGGCGUUGGGUUUUACACAACAUCCUUCAAGCUCGAUAUUCCGCAUGGCUGGGAUGUCCCCUUAAGCAUUGUGUUCAGCAAUUCCACUGCAGGCGAUUCAUCGCACACGACCUCUGGACACAAUUAUCGCUGCCAACUCUACGUCAAUGGAUAUCAAUAUGGAAAAUACAUCAACAACCUCGGUCCCCAGAUGUCAUAUCCAGUCCCGGAGGGUAUCCUCAACCACAAUGGUGUCAACUACAUAGCGUUGACUCUAUGGGCCCAGGAUCCUUCGGGUGCCAGAAUCGGUGGUCUGGAUCUGGUACCAAGUGCGCUUAUCCGCUCCGACUAUCCUAAACCACGACCUGCACCUCAACCUACCUGGGAACUGCGACAAGGCGCGUACUAG